CGCCGCCGCGGGCCUCGCGAGCUCAUUUGUGCCUGGCUGGUCCCCAUUCCUCUCUCCCCAGUGUUGAGUGUCUGAGCCGUUGGCUGCUCCGAACCGUUUGGCUCUUUCCCUUAGUAACAGCUUUUACCUUCUGCCUCAAUUCCUCUCCCCGCUCGCGCCCUUCCCCCGCGCGCCGCCUCCCCCCGCCGCCGGCCGCGUGCGCCCCCGCCCCUCCCCCCGCGGCGGGAGCACCUCCGCUCGCCACCUGGGGACUCGCGCCGCGCUCCCCGCCCCCGCCCGCCUGGCGCCCAUCCCCCGCGCCCUCCGCUCGCCGGGGUUAUAAUUGCCUCUCACCCCCCGGAGGGGUUAUUUUGGGGGUGGUUGGAGGCGGCGGCGGCGGCGGCGAGGAGGGGAAUUUCCUUGUGCCUCCAUUCCCGGGAGGGGGGAGCGGCGUCGGAGGCCACCGUUUCCAGACACUGCUCUCUGGCUCUCCAGUGGAUGCUGCUUGUGUGGAUCAAUGAUUUCAAAUACACAUAUUACAUGCAUCAGAAACUUGUGAUUGGCGGUACCGGAUAUUCAAUUGCACAUCCCCACAUCAAUGCACUGCCAAUGGGUUAUAUCCUGUGUUGUGACCUCAUGGUUUAAGUGGGAAUAAAGAUGAGUAUAAGCAGUGAUGAGGUCAACUUCUUGGUAUAUAGAUACUUGCAAGAGUCAGGAUUUUCUCAUUCAGCGUUUACCUUUGGUAUAGAAAGCCAUAUCAGUCAGUCUAACAUAAAUGGUGCCCUUGUCCCACCUGCUGCAUUGAUUUCUAUCAUCCAGAAAGGUCUACAGUAUGUAGAGGCAGAAGUUAGUAUUAAUGAGGAUGGUACCUUGUUUGAUGGUCGGCCAAUAGAGUCUCUGUCCCUGAUAGACGCCGUAAUGCCUGAUGUAGUACAGACAAGACAGCAAGCUUACAGGGAUAAGCUCGCACAGCAGCAAGCGGCAGCUGCCGCCACCUCCACAGCCGCCACAAACCAGCAGGGGUCUGCAAAAAAUGGAGAAAACACAGCAAAUGGGGAGGAGAACGGAGCACAUACUAUAGCAAAUAAUCAUACUGAUAUGAUGGAAGUGGAUGGGGAUGUUGAAAUCCCUCCUAAUAAAGCAGUUGUGUUACGGGGCCAUGAAUCUGAAGUUUUCAUCUGUGCCUGGAACCCCGUUAGUGAUCUCUUGGCAUCGGGGUCUGGAGACUCAACAGCAAGAAUAUGGAAUCUUAGUGAAAAUAGCACUAGUGGCUCCACGCAGUUAGUACUUAGACAUUGUAUACGAGAAGGAGGGCAAGAUGUCCCAAGCAACAAGGAUGUGACAUCCCUAGAUUGGAAUAGUGAAGGUACACUUCUAGCCACUGGUUCAUAUGAUGGAUUUGCCAGAAUAUGGACUAAAGAUGGUAACCUUGCUAGCACCUUGGGGCAGCAUAAAGGCCCUAUAUUCGCAUUGAAGUGGAAUAAGAAAGGAAAUUUCAUCCUAAGUGCUGGAGUAGACAAGACUACAAUUAUUUGGGAUGCACAUACUGGUGAAGCCAAGCAACAGUUUCCCUUUCAUUCAGCACCAGCACUGGAUGUUGAUUGGCAGAGCAACAAUACCUUUGCUUCUUGUAGUACAGAUAUGUGCAUUCAUGUCUGUAAAUUAGGACAAGACAGACCUAUUAAAACAUUCCAGGGACACACGAAUGAAGUGAAUGCUAUCAAAUGGGACCCAACUGGCAAUCUUCUGGCUUCCUGUUCUGAUGACAUGACUUUGAAGAUAUGGAGUAUGAAACAAGACAAUUGUGUCCAUGAUUUGCAAGCACAUAAUAAAGAAAUUUAUACUAUCAAAUGGAGUCCCACAGGGCCAGGGACAAAUAAUCCAAAUGCCAACCUUAUGUUAGCAAGUGCAUCCUUCGAUUCUACUGUUAGAUUAUGGGACGUAGACCGAGGAAUUUGCAUCCAUACUUUGACAAAACACCAAGAGCCUGUGUACAGUGUGGCUUUUAGUCCUGAUGGCAGGUACCUGGCAAGUGGUUCUUUUGACAAAUGUGUGCACAUCUGGAACACACAGACAGGUGCUCUAGUUCACAGCUAUAGAGGAACAGGUGGAAUUUUUGAAGUUUGCUGGAAUGCAGCAGGAGACAAAGUUGGAGCCAGUGCAUCAGAUGGUUCAGUUUGUGUAUUAGACCUUCGGAAAUAGCGCUACUAGUUGGAAGCCAUGGACCGACUAUGAAUGUGUACAUAGCCAAAAUGACUGUCCCUGACCCAUGUACUGCUAUAGUCCCACUUGAACCAUGGCCAGUCCACUACAGCCAAAUCUAAAAGAAAUAUAUACAUACAGUGUAUAUAAACAAAAUUGCACCCUGAAGAUGACAGAAUUUUGUCACAGCUUGUGAAUUCUGUUCACCAAGUGCUGGAAUCUAAUCUGCUGUGCCCCUAAAAUAGCAUUUAGAAGUUUUGGAUAUGAAAAACAGAAGAGAGAGAGAAAUAUGCGUUAUAAAAGCAGCCCAUAUGUGUACCAGUUUUUGGAUACUAAUGACAGCCUUGUUUCUCCCCUUUGAAUCAGAAGACACCAUGGAUUAUAUUCUUUUUUCCCUUCAGUAGUUGAGCAGUUUGUAUGUACAGAGAAAAUGGACUUAACAAAAACUUGCAGCAGUAGUUUGUUCUUGCUUUUAAACUUUGUUUUUGGUUUAGUUUAUGGAUGCAUGAAGUAAGGGAGUGAAUCAGUUUCUUGUUUAUAUUUUUUUCACCUUUUAAACAAAAAAUUCUUAAAAAUAUUUUAAUGCAUUCUUUUGAAGAGAUAGAUGUUUGGUACAUUUUAUGGCUCCCAGAGCAUAUAUUCAGUUGGUGCAUGUUGUGGAAGGGGGAAUUGGAAGUUGAAUGAAAAUAGAUGACUUUGGUCAUGUCAAUCUGUAAGACACAUCAGUGAAAGGAUAUUAUGCUCUGUUUUUUUUGUUUUGUUUUGUUUUGUUUUGUUUUGUUUUGUUGUUUUUGUUUUUUUGUUCUUUUUUGGUGAUGUGGCUUAAAUGCAAUAGUUUCUUUUUUGGGACAUAUUUCUGCCAAUUAAAAGACUAGAAGGGCACAAUUUUUUUUUAAUACCAUAGAGAAGAUGCAUAAAAAAAAAAUCUUCUGAUGUUUUGUAGCCAUAACUAAAUUAUGGUUAAAAUGUGCACUAUUGUGAAAAGGAGCAAAGUAGGUUUGGGGUUUUUUUUUUGUUGUUGUUGUGUUUGUUUGUUUGUUUUGCUUUGUUUUUUAAGAGAUUAAAAUGUUUCUGGAUAAGGAUUAGCUUCUCAAAGUGUCCAUCAUUCUAUGUAGAAGCUUAAAUAUGUAAUGUAACCAAACUCCAGUAUUAAAAAUCUCUCAUGUUUUUCUUUAUACAAAGCAAGAUAACGGCAUAUAACACUGCCAUUACAUGGCAAAAUGUUUGCUACCUUAGUUUAAAAACAAUUUUUAAAACAAAAGACUUGCUUCAAGGUGUUUUUAAAUAGCAGUGAUUCAGAAUUUUAAAAAAAAAAAAAAGUAUAAUUGCACUAAGCUCCCUGCUGCUCUGAUUCUGCGUUCGUGGUACUUGGGACUACAUUUUUUUCAAAUACGGAUAGAUUUAAGCUGCUAUUUUUUUUUCUUAGUAAUCACUACUAUAUCAUGUCUUUUACUCUGUUUAUAAUAUCAAGUAUUUUCUGAAAGAUAAGGUAUCAGAGCAAACCUCUUCUUGUGUUCAUGCUACUAAAAGCUAAAAUACACAGAAUGUGCAAAUGAUAGAUAGCACGGGGCUGUGUUUAUAUGUAUGACUAACAGGUUUGUCAUGAUUAAUGGAAGUAUCCACAAGUGUCCAUUUUGAAGAGAAUAGUUGUCAAAUUUAUAUCUCAAAGAUUUUAAUUAAGGAGUUAUUACUAAGCUUAGCAAAUUUAUAACACUAUUUCUGUCACUAAUUAUUUUGAGGCCUUUACUACUAAAAUUUUAACCUGUGUUUUAAGUUGAAAUAGAAACCGAUUUAACCCAAGUAACGCAGCUUUGAUUUUCAGCAUUUGUUGUUUUGCUGUUUUUACUAAACAGCAUUGAUUGAAGCAAGUCUUGGUUUUACUAAGGUAGGAUAGCAUUUGCUAUUGGUAAAGAGAAUAAAUACACUUAAUUUCACAAUACAUUGUUAUAUGUACCCCAGUUGUUGUUAGUGGGGACUAUGAUACUGUAAUAAUAUUUUUUAAAAUUUCCAUCCAGAGAGGCAGUCAUUCAUGAUGGUUUUGUGCCAGCUGUUUUUAGGGUUUUGGAUCACAUUAUAGAUAUUUAGGACUAUUACCCUGUGACCUAUGUAGGAAACCUAAUAUGCUGAGUAUCUGGCACUUGAAAUCCUGCUUUUAUUGCUAGAGGUCCAUACCUGUGGUUGACCUCUGUUAUUGUUUAAAAAAAAUAAAUAAAAAUUUAAAAAUCUGUGCAAUAAUUUUUAAAUGUGCUCCCAGGAAUAGACACAAAUGUUUUGAGUAGGUUAAGCUGCAUUUUCCUUUAGUGAUGCAUCUGUCAAUUGCACUGAAUUUAAAUCUGAAAGUCAGAGGUGAUUAUUGAUAGUACUUUUGUAUUUUGAUAUGGACAAUUUAUUCAUUUGCAUACAGUUAUUGACGUUUUCCCCCCAGCUGAUUAAAAGAUAGUCAAGAAGUUCUGCAGUAUAGCUGCCAGAGUAGACAGCUACCUUUUGUUGGUAUUGUCACCUUUUCUUUCUUUCUUUUUUUAUCUUUAGCUGUUUUACUUAAGCAUAAUAGCCACAAUAGGACAUAUAAAAGAUUAUAAAUACAGAGCUUUAUUAUCCUAAAAUCUUGGGUCUUUUAAGUAUAAACUUAUUGGAAAGGUAUCCAUUUUGUAGGCUUGGGUUCUUCAUGAGCAUACAGUCGUUUGUUUUUGCUGCUGUUCUCAACAUCAUCAUUGCCUGCUGAUGUGCCACGAUGCUGCUCCAGUAGACAAAAGUAAGAUUGCCUCAAAUUUGAGCAGUAACUUGAUUGUAAGAGACCAAGUUUCACGGCCUGCACAAUUCUGUAUUUGAGGUUCUUGGCUCGUUUUUCCUUCCUUUUUUUCCUGAGAACUUAUUCCUAAAGAUCAACUGAUUCCAGUAGAUAUUUUAUGGUAUUCAUUGUAUAUCGUUGUACAAGCUACUGUAAGAAACUUACAAGGAAAAUUAGAAAGGAAAACUUGAAU